GAAAUGACAACCACUGAGAACUGGCUUUUCUAUGACUCUCUUUCCCAGCUGCCUGCUCCUCAAAACCCGAAGAUUCGCCUGUACAACGCCGAGCAGGUUCUGAGUUGGGAGCCGGUGUCCCCCAGCAAUGGCUCAGGGCCGGUGGUCUACCAGGUGCAAUUUAAAUAUACCACUAGUACUAAGUGGUCCAACGUCAAUAACGACCCCGAAGGGGUGAACUGUAUGAAGAUCACUGCGACAGAAUGUAACUUUACCAAAACCAACAUCUCAAAGGGUUUCCCACUGCAUUUCAACGUCUCUUUACGUGUCCGAGCUGAGCUGGAAGAACGCGUUUCUCCCUGGGUGACGGUGCCUUGGUUCCAACACUAUCGGAAUGUUACCAUCGGGCCUCCAGAAAACAUUUGGGUGACCCCAGGAGAAGGUUCCCUUAUUGUCAGGUUGUCCCCUCCCUUUGACAUCCACGACUCCAUGGUUGUUUUUCAGUAUUAUGUCCAUUACUGGGAAAAAGCAGGAAUCCAACAGGUUAAAGGCCCUUUCAUGACCAACUCCAUUGUGUUGAAUGCUUUAAAACCUUUAAGAGUAUACUGUUUACGAGUCCAGGCAUGGCUGCUUUGGACAAAGCCAAACAUCUCUAGACCCGGACAUUUAAGCAACAUAUCUUGCUCCAAAACAAUGGAAGAUGCCUCUACCAAGCUUCAACAAGUCAUUCUCAUCGCCAUGGGAACCUUUCUGUUGCUGUUGGCGAUGGCAGGGGCCUGUCUCUUCAUGGUCCUGAAGUACAGAGGCCUGGUUAAAUACUGGUUUCAGUCUCCGCCAAGCAUCCCAGUGCAAAUAGAAGAGUAUUUAAAGGACCCAGCUCAGCCUAUCUUAGAGGUCUUGGACAAGGACAGCUCGCCAAAGGAGGAGGCCUGCGACUCUGUGUCUGUUGUUUUGUUUCCAGAGAAGGAGGAAGAAGGUGUUCUCCAAAGCACUUUGAAGGAAAGCAUUGAUCUGGUCCACGAGCCUGCAGGAAGAGGACUGAGCUAGUGACGCUGCUGAUGUUUCGGUGGGACCUUAUGGAGAUCAGUGCCCCAUAUUCCUGUCGCAGAAAGGCCCAUUGGUACCUGGAGAGUAGUGGGUCUCAUUGGGACUACAAGCUUAUUUUUUUUCUUUAAACUAAGAAUUUUCUAAAUCAUACAAGUUUCUAGAAUGAUUCUACAGAGAUAUCCCAGAAAAAUUAAGGUUUCUCUUAAACACUAAAAAGGCAUGUAAUUAUUUGUUUGUUAGCAAAAUGGCUCUGGCACACCUCUGAUAUUUUGUUCAUUGUUGGCUGGGCCAGGCAGUCCGGAGAGUCAAGGGUCCCCUCCUUGACUCUGACAAAUGAGCUGUGGACCCUCAGGCAGUUCAUGUAACCUGUCCCAGCCUGUCCCAGCAAGGGACACUGAGCAGCCUCUCACAUCCAGUCUCCCAGCUUAAAAUGUGAUUAAUCUUGUAAAUAUGUUCCUAGUAAUUUAAGCGUU